CGUCUGCACAUGCGCACAACACUCGUACGUCCUGUUCCCAAACAGGAGCAGCACAGGGAUCAGAGGACUGCGGGAGCAACUUCCAAGUGUUUGCCAGCAAUUCCCCACCACGGCAGACCACGAAGGGACAGUAUCUUGCUCCCUGUUUCACUUAAGAGUCUUGCUUUCACUUCCUGGAGAAGACAGAAGCCUCCAUCAUGGCUGCUGCUGCUGCUGCUGCUGUUGUUGCUGCCCCAUCCGCCCCAUCCGCCAAAGCCAGCCUGAGAGAGGACCUGACGUGUGCCAUAUGCUGUGACCUGUUCAGGGAGCCCGUCAUGUUGGCCUGCAUGCACCAUUUCUGCAGACAUUGCAUCUCCAGGUACUGGAGAGGAACGCAGGGGCCUGUAACCUGCCCGCAGUGCCGCAAGGAGUUCAGCUCCAAGCAGUUUCAGACCAACUACCUUGUGGCAGCCAUGGUGGAGAAGGUCCGGGCCACCACCUCGGACACUUAUGUCAAGAGCCUGGAGAAACAACUGAAAGAGACGUUGGAGAGCCAUCGUCUGAGGAAGGAGGACUUUAUCAACGGCAUUCGCAGAGACAAAGAAACGAUGAAUAUCAUAAAGAGAGUCGGGGCAGAUCUGCAGGCUCGUGUCAAAGGGGAUUUCAGAGCUCUUCAUCAGAUCCUGCACGACGAGGAAACCUGUAUGCUGGAGCAGCUGAGGAGGGAGGAGGAGGAGGAGCUGCAGAAGGUCCGGCACCACCUGGAGGCCGCGGAGCUGGCUGUAAAGGAGCUGGAGGACAAUUCGGAGGCGCUGCAGCAGGCUAGUGCUGCCGGUGAGGACGUCGUGCUAACCGAGCUCCCACAGCUGAGACCGUGUGUGCAGGUGGAUACCGCCCCUGAGUUUGAUAUAAAUGCUUUCAGCAACAAAUACAUGGCCCCAUUACAGUACAUCGCGUGGAGGAAGAUGUUCAAAUCUUUGAAGCCAGGUCCUUCCCCACUAACGUUUGAUGUCGACACGGCGCACCCAAGCAUCCACGUCUCCAGGGACAAAACCUUGGCGGUCGAAUGCGAUGUGAUGAACCAACAUCUGAACCACAGCAAGCGUUUCACCCAGUGCGUCAACAUUCUGGCCACGCAGGGCUUCCAGUCGGGUCGGCACUACUGGGAGGUCGACGUGGGCUACAACCCUAAGUGGGACCUGGGCGUCGCCUCCGAGGCUGUGGACCGGCACGCUCGGAUCAAGCUGAGCCCGGAAAGCGGCUACUGGACUCUGCGGCUGCGUAACGGGAACGAAUACUCCGCCGGGACUCAGCCGUGGACGAGGCUGCAGCUGGGAUCCUUCCCCCUGAGGAUCGGCGUUUUCUUAGACUGCGACGAGAGGAAGGUGUCUUUCUACAACGCGGAUGAUAUGAGUCUGCUCUACUCGUUCGUCAGCGUGCCGAGGGGGAAGAUGUUCCCCUUCUUCAGCCCCUGCAUUAAUGACAGAGGUCACAAACCGCAGCCUUUGAAGCUUCUCUAUUACCCUCCUGUCGCACUUUCCGGCUAACAUGGCUGCAGUCGGUCAGUGCUUUCCAUUCAUAUAUUGACCAAAGAUCGUGAGCAUUUAGUGGGCCAUAUCACAAAAGUUUAAAAUCUGAGGCUCUUCUCAUAUCUUUCAUGUAUUUAUAGAAGUUUUUUUUGUUCUGUUUUCUGUCUCAAAUGAACCUUAAAAGCCUUGAAAUGGGCCCAUUAUGUUCUUCCAGAAGCUCAUUCAGUGUGCAGGACCAGUCAGCUGAAAUAUAUUAUAAAAACGCCAUGUUCCAGCUUAGAUGCAUUAUUAAUACAUGUUGUGAUAUAUGGGUUCUGUAGCUGAUAUCUGUAUGGAGAUAGUCGACGUUUCAAGUGACGAAUUAAAUAAUUAUCUCUCAUCAAGUGAGACUGUCCCGAGACUGACUCGCACGUGAAAUAAUUUUUUAAUCAGUGAGAAAGAAAUUGCGAACGCCACUGUGAGAUUUUACACUUGAUUAAAUGCUUCUUUAUGUUUUAAAUAAAAGUUUUGAUUGUU